AGUAACAUGCAACUUCAAGCUUACAACAAUAUUUCUUUGUUGAAAAUUUAACAUUUUUUUGUUGUUCAAUAUUAUUUGUGUUUGAUUUUUUAUUAUUGCAUUUAUUUAAAUAAAUAAACAACAGUGAUUGUGUGUUUUUAUAAAUUACAUCAUUUUAGUCACAUUCAAGUUUAUAAUAGAGGUAUUUCAAUUUAAGUUUAAUAUGAAUGAAAAAGAUAAUGAAGCAAAUUCAGUGCUUGUAUCAUCAACGGAAGAAAAACCUUAUAAUAGUACAACAGAACCUAUUGAACGUCCAUUAUUACAAAUUAACUGGAAACAAGCUUGGCCACAGAUUGCAGCUUCAAGUAUAGCAUUAAGCACUGUAAUUCAAUCGGGCGUACAAAUGGCUUAUAGCGCUAUAUUAUUACCACAAUUAAAUGAAGAUGAUAAUAUUAAAAUUGAUAUAAACGCGGCAUCUUGGUUAGCCAGUUGCUUAUCACUAGCACUUCCUUUAGCAUCUUUUGCAACAGGUCCGCUUGUAGAUAAAUUUGGUAGAAAAAAUAUUUGUAUAUUUUCCUGCAUUCCAUUUUUAAUUAGUUAUUUAUCGUUUUAUUAUGCGCAAUCAUUACUGUUGAUUUUUAUUGGACGAAUAUUAUCAGGAUUUGCUGGAGGUUUCACGACUGCAGCAUUGAUAUACGCAAGUGAAGUUAGCACUACUGAAUUAAGACCAAUCAUUUUGUGCUUCAAUAGUAUAGCUGUUGCACUCGGAAUAUUGAUCACUUGUGUUCUAAGUUUAUGGUUUAAUUGGCGAAGUAUUGCAGCAAUUUGUGGUAUCAUAACAAUAAUUACAAUAUUAUUAUUAUUUAUGAUACCAGAAUCACCCCAAUGGUGUGCAGUAUUCAAAAAAGAUCAAAGAGCAAUAUUAAAAGUAUCCGAAUGGUUUUAUCCCGAUCCAAUUUUGUAUAAUAGAGAAACAAAAGCUCUACUGCGCAAGUUAAACGAUAUACAAGAAUCGUCUUCGCAAGCGAUUAGUUUUCGAACAAAGUUUAAGAAUUUAAUUGAAGAUUAUAAGGAUCCGAUUGUGUACAAACCAUUUAUUAUAUUGGCUACAAUUUUUUUGUUACAACAAUUAACAGGAUGUUAUGUAAUUAUCUUCUAUGCUGUUGACAUAUUUAACUCUAUUGGCGGUCAUCUAGGAGUAUAUGCAGAUGCCUAUGUCAGUCUGGUAUUACUUGGAUCAAUUAGAUUUAUAAUAGCAGUAAUAGUUGCUAUAGUUUCAAAGCGUAUUGGUCGACGCCAAUUACUGAUUGUAUCAAGUACUGGAAUGGGGCUAAGUACAUUAUGCAUAGUUAUAUCAAUGAUACUACACCCCGAUACACAAAAAGAACAAAAUGGAAACCCAUUUAUAUUAAUUUGUGUCCUGGCGUAUGUUAGUUUUAGUGCAUUUGGCUUAUUAGUCAUCCCAUGGAGUUUAAUUGGUGAAUUAUUACCUGUGAAAGUGCGAGGAAAAUUGGGUGGAUUAAUGAUUUCAAUUGCUUAUAUAUGUAUGUUCAUUGCAUUAAAGCUAUGGCCAAUAUAUUUUGAUCAAUUUGGAGCAUUGAUAAUGUUUACAUUUUUAACGGUAAUAUGUUUUACAAUGUCAACGUACGUCUACAUAAAAUUACCUGAAACAUUAGGAAAAAGUUUCGAAGAAAUUGAAGGUUGUUUUAAAUAAUUUUGAAUGUAA